UAUUCUUUUUAAAAAUUAAACACACUCGCACAUCCAUUCCAAUUUUCGACCUCCUUCGUAGAGCGGGGGAGAUACCAUCUGACCAGAAGAUCAUCGGAAUGGCAACAAUCAAGCAUGACAGGCAUGAGCAUGAGCUAAACUUGAUAAAAGGCGUCGAUGUCAACAUGGCUGGAAAAGGUGCAUGUGGGGUGUGCGAAAUGCCUCUUAUUGGAGCCUCCGAUCAAAUAUACACUUGCCUCGAAAAAAAUUGCCAUAUCAAUUUUUUCUUCCUGCACAAAAAAUGUGUAGAAUUACCCACCCGAAUCACCCACCUUAACCACCCUCAACACCCCCUCACCCUCGGCCACCACCUGAUCACUCAAGAACUGCUGAGCUACGUGUCGCCAGAUGCCCCCUUAUGCGACAUUUGUCUCCGCGGAAUUGAUGAGGCCAUGUCUGUCUACUACUGCGAGGUCUGCAGUGAAGUGGUCAGUGUGUCAUCUACUAAAUCUUUGUCUUUAUUCGCGUACCUCUUGUGCAUAAGCUGCGCGACAGUAGAGUCUGUUCUUGAUCAUCCAGGACACGAGGCACACAUUUUAACCUUGGUGCCCAGGUUGAUAUAUUCGAGGUGUGAUGCUUGUGGUCUGCAACAAUAUGACAUGUGUUACACAUGUCUCGAAUGUCAAUUCUGGAUCCAUGUGAGUUGUGCUGUUUCUCCACCUACCAUCAAGCUCCGAUUUCACGAGGAUGAUACUCUGCAUCUCGUCUAUUCUGUUCCUCCCAUGUACCGCAGCUUCCUCAAGCGUUGCAGCAUCUGCAAGAACCCUGUUUUGGAAGAAUAUUGGGCUUAUUUUUGCGAAGAUUCAGGGUAUUUCGUCCACAUUCGUUGUGCAACUAGAUUGUUAGCAUCAGGUAAUUUUUCUGAAAUUAAACGAGACGAAGAGAAUGAUGGAGAAACAUACCCUGAUCUGCUUCAUUUUCCAUUGCCUACAAAGGAUUCUUUAACCGCGAUUCUGAUGACAAAGUACCAGAACCUAAUUAAAGAAGAAGGUGAUGAUGACCAUACUGGUGUCGAUGGCAGUGAGGACGAUGAGGAGGAGACUUUACUGAUAGAUCACUGGAGUCAUCUGCAGCAUCCACUGAUUCUCUUGGAAGAAAUUAAGGAUGCUCAUAAUGAUAGUGAUCAUAUCCACGACAUGUUAGUCUGCAACGGAUGUACUCUGCCCAUCUCAAAUCAAAUAAAUUACUACGGAUGCCUCGGCUGCAACUUUUUUCUCCACAUUUCUUGUGCUAAACACUUGCCACUGCAAUUGCCACCCGGAAGAUGUGUAAAUGACCCACAACACUCUCUGCAGCUCUAUUUCUAUCUAAAACAUCUGAAUGCUACACUUUUUGCCCCAGAAGCAAGGUAUCACUGCAUGUAUUUAGUGAAAGAUUUGGGGAGAUAUACUAAUCAAACUUGUUUUAACCCUUUUUUCCAUUCAAACUUGUUUCAACUUUCAGCCCAUUUUUCCGAAGGAUCAAUGGUGACCCUGAAACAUGAUAGCCAUGACCACAAACUUGAUCUAACAGAGGUGGAUGAUCAUAUGGUAGGCAAAGGCAAGUGUGGCAUUUGCGAAAUGCCUAUUGCUGAAGCCUCUUCGAUAUACAAAUGCCUCGAAAAAGAUUGUCCUAAUAACUCAUUGUCCAUAGUCUACUUUCUACACAAAACCUGUGCAGAAUUACCAAAUCAAAUCACACACCCUCACCACCCACAACACUUGCUUGUUCUCAGCCGCGGAUACAAUCAACAAUUUAGAAGAGUGACAAAAGGAUCAUAUCCCCGCUCGACGGCUUGUAAUCUUUGCCUGCAGGAUAUAAAUGAGCAAAUGUGGAAUUACAUGUGUGUGACUUGUCAUUCUGCGGUCCAGUUUACAACUGAUCGGUACUUGCACUUCUAUAAGUUUGCUUUGUGCAUAAGAUGUGCUAUUAGGGAGCCGUUUCUUCGUCAUCAAGGACACCAGCAUCACGCUUUAACCUUGUUGCGAAGACCAAUCUCAAUAGUCUGUGAUGCUUGUGGAAUUGGUGACAGUGACAUCUGUUAUACGUGCCUCCCGUGUCAAUUCUGGAUCCAUAGCACUUGUGCUGCUGCACCGGCCACCAUUAAGCUCCGGUUUCACCAGGACGACACUCUACGCCUCAUCUAUUCUAUUCCUCACAUGUACCAGGAGUUCAAGAAACAUUGCAGCAUCUGCAAGGGAAAAGUUGAGAAAGAUCACUGGGCUUAUUUCUGUGAAGACUCUGGAUAUUUCGUUCACAUAAGAUGUGCCACAACAUUGCUAGCGUCUGGAGAAAAUGAGAUUAAAUACGAGGCAGAGGCGGAACCUGAGGGGCACGGACUCUUUCCUGAUCUGCUGCAGUUUCCAUUGCCUUGCACCGACUCUUUAGUUGCGAAUCUGCUUGCAAAUUACCAAUCAGGCAAGCCAUUCUUGGCAAAAAAAAAUAAAAAAUCAGGCAAGCCAUUAACCAAUACUGAUCCAAUGAAAGAUAAGCCAGUAAUCAAACAUUGGAGCCAUGGUCAUCCAUUAAUUCUAUUGGAAAAUUUUGAUUUUGAGGAUUACGCUGACAGUGAAGAUGAGACGGAUUAUAACAACAUAGAUGAGAUGUUGAUAUGCAACGGAUGCACUAUUCCCAUCUCAAACGAACACAAAUACUAUGGCUGCAUCCGCUGCAAUCAUUUCCUCCAUAGUUCUUGUGCCAAUCACUUGCCACUGAAGUUCCAAUGUUUUCAAAACCCGAAACACUCUCUCAAAUUAAAAAAAUCAGGAACUAAAUCAGGACUCGUAACCAUCCUGUGCCACCUUUGCCAGCGAAGAACCAAUGGAUUUCACUAUCACUGUCACAGCUGUUCUAAAAACAUCGAUCUAAUCUGUUGUUUAUUACCCGACAAGAUCAAACAUGAGUGUCACAAGCACACUCUCGUUCAAUGUUACACUUCUCCUUCAUACGAUCAUGCAGCAAGCGAUUUAUGCAAUGCGUGCUGGGAACCCAUAUUUUGUGGCCUCAACUAUAAAUGUGAGACCUGCAGUGAUGUGCACAUCCACCACCAAUGCGCCAUGUUUUAUCCAAAAAGCAUUAGGCACCGCUUCGACUCUCACUCAAUCUCUCUGUCAUAUCCUCCCAUUUUUUACAAGGGCAUUAAAUACUGCGAGAUCUGUGAGCUGCAAGUCAAUCCAGAAGCCUGGUUGUAUCGGUGCUGCAAAUGUGAUCAAUGUUUCCAUCCUCUCUGCAUUCGGACAUGGCAUAAUAUGAAGCUAGGCGACACGGUUUCUCUUCGAUCACUUCACCACCAUGACUUAACAUUAGUGAUGAUAGACAAAGAAAUAUAUCCACAGCGUAUUCACAAGAAUCUCUGUUGUAGUCAAGGACAUGAUAACGACACUGUGGACAUGUACUUGCAGUGUGCUGGUUGUAAUUUAUUGUUUUGUAGAUUUUGUAACUGAUUCUUGAUUGUUACAAACAAUCGAGAAUCAAUAAAAUUCUGUUAGCAGCAUUUUGCAACAAACUAUGUAUCAAUAAAAUUCUGUUAUUUCGACAA